AACAGCCACCACCACCACCAGCCAUCUCUCCUUUUCUGUGCUGCUGCUGGAUUUUGCUGGACUAUAACGCAGAGGGAUUUAUAUUGGUAUUGAUUUGCUCUCUGAUGGGAUGUAUUCCAGCCUUUACGCGCUGAGCGGGGAGAAUACAAACGCACUGUGCGCCGAAUGAACUGCUGCCGUUUGGUUUUUGGUGCAUCUGGAGAUGCUCUGAUCGGGGUUUGUGGUCCGUGCGCAUCCCCCCUGGAUCGGGAUAUAAGCUGAAAACACUUUCCUCAGCCCUCUCUGUCUCUCUGGAGCCUUUUUUUGUUGUUGUUGUUGUUUAUUUUUCCCAUUCUCCUCCCAGUGUGGACGUUUGGCUGGUUUGAAGGCGCACAGGCUCACCAUGGGGGACUCGAUGUGGAGAUAUUAUUUUGGAGUUUUGUUUAUUGCCUUGAAAGUGGACCUGUGCCGGGCGCUCAUCCUGGAGUCCAUCUACUGGAACACAACAAACACCAAAUUCGUGCCAGGCCAAGGCGUGGUAUUAUACCCCCAGAUUGGGGAUAAGUUGGACAUUGUGUGCCCACGUGUGGACGGCGGGGUUGGCGAGGGUGUGGAGUACUACAAGGUGUACAUGGUGCCCAGGGAGCAGCUGGAGAGCUGCACCAUCACCAAGGCCGACACGCCGCUGCUCAACUGCGUCAAGCCCGACCAGGACGUCAAGUUUACCCUGAAGUUUCAGGAGUUCAGCCCCAACCUGUGGGGACUGGAGUUCUUCAGGGGAAGGGACUACUACAUCAUCUCAACAUCUAACGGCACCAUGGAGGGCAUUGACAACCAGGAGGGUGGCGUGUGCAAGACCAAGUCCAUGAAGAUUGUCAUGAAAGUGGGACAAAAUCCUUCUGAUCCCGUCUCACCCAAAGACCCUACCAGAGUACCCUCCUCCCCCAAGCACCCAGAUAACAAGGAGCCCUACAACCCCAACGAUGUGCUGGAGAAAUCAAGUCCAGCAUCCAGAGAAAGCAACGAAAACAACGGGAGCGACGGCAAGUCCUCAAACGUCAUGCCUUCCGAGGUGGCCAUCUUUGUGGCCAUUGCCUCUGGCAGCGUCAUCUUAAUCAUCAUCAUCGUCGUGCUGGUCCUGCUGCUACUAAAGUACCGGCGGCGGCACCGCAAGCACUCACCACAACACGCAGCGACGCUGUCUCUAAGCACCCUGGCAACUCCGAAGCGGAGCGGAGGCGGCGGGAACAAUAACGGCUCGGAGCCCAGCGACAUCAUCAUCCCGCUCAGGACUGCUGACAGCGUCUUCUGCCCGCACUACGAGAAGGUCAGCGGUGACUACGGACACCCGGUCUACAUAGUUCAGGAGAUGCCGCCUCAGAGUCCGGCUAACAUCUACUACAAAGUCUGAGGCGGAAGCAGGAACUGGAACAAUUCACGAAGCAGAGCGGGUUUUUGGCUUCGGCAGGCGCGGCCGGCACACCCUGCUAAUGAACACUCUUUUUCUCUCUCACUCUGUCAACUCCUCCUCUCCUCUGAUGUUUUGUCACUACUUUAUUUUUCUUUCUGGGAGUUUUGCUGACACCUUGUCGCUCUGAUUUGGCAUGGACGGGAACGCGUGGCGGCCCUGUAGUGAAGCCCACCGCUGCUGCUGCUGUUGCUGCCGCCGCCACUGCUGCUGCUCUCCGGGAAGCAGAGAAGACGUUCUCUUCUUUCCCUAGUGUUGUCUUGUGUUGUGCACUGCGGCAGCCGGCAUUCCUGUGGGAGUGUUUGUGGGAUCGGGAAGGUUUUUUUUCUUUUUGGAGAUGGACAGACAGGUGUGAAGGUUUCCUGAGGAGGAUGAGAUAAGGAAUUAUUUUCUCCUCGCGUAAAGAGAGACUUCUGCUUGGAAAGCGAGAAGGAGAAGAGAUGGAAUAAAAUGAGGAGGUGAAGAAUUAAAAGAGGAUAUGGUCUGACCGUGGACUCACCAAACGGCGGCCUCCUCGCCCCUUGACACUCACUGGCCGGAAAAAGACUCUGUGGAGCUUCUCGCACCCAUCAAUCCUCUCUGGGACUUUUUCCUGAGUGACUCACGGACAUCACCCCAUUAAUCCUGCCACCCACCAUCACGCACACACAUCCACCCUCGGGCACAGACACACUGUCUCACCUCUCGAUGUGAACUGUUUUGGGUGUUAGUGUGGAUCGCCUCAUUCCCACAUUUUGUCACUUCUCUUACUUGAAGGUUUUAAGAGAAAAAUAGACCCCGCCCACACUCCUUUUACGGUUUACUGUUUUUCAUAUCCUGGUAUAGUUCAGGUGACUCGGAAUGGCAAGAGUGUCCAAAAAAGAAAUAAACCCAGGUGGCUUCUGGGAAGAGUGGAGGACUUUCACAUUAUAGUGCAGCACUUUUAACCCCCUAUUUUUUAUUUCUUUGGCCCCUCCACUCUUCGCAGUCCACAGAGAGGUUCGCAGUGACGGAUGGAGAUGGGAGAGCAGCUGUAUCCCGGCAGAUUUAGUCACCUCUGAUCUGGGCCUUGACACGGAGAAGUGAUGGAAUUAAAAGUCCAAGAGGCCCGAGAUCUUGCAGAAGUUAGCUGGCUGAAACAGCUCUAGGUACUGUAACGUUUACCCCAAGGGGUCCAGUGAUGAAUAAAAGGGCCCCCUUAAAAUAAAUGGCCCCAAAUCAGUGUGAACGGUGCUCUCCUUUAAAAAAAAAAAACAUGUAAAAAAAAAAAAA